AAAUGACAGUUCUUUCCUGUCAAAAUCCACAACGUGCAUGGGUCGGUUAUCAUCGAAGUGAUUAAAUUAGAGUUUAUUUUACCGAAAAAUUGAGUAAAAUAUGCGUAUCGAAACGUGUUACUUCUGCAGCAGUAAAGUGUAUCCCGGUCAUGGUAUACAAUUUGUCCGGAAUGAUUGCAAGAUCUUCAAAUUCUGUCGAUCCAAAUGUCACAAAGCAUUCAAAAAGCGAAAGAAUCCCCGCAAAACCAAAUGGACCAAAGCGUCACGCAAAACAGCCGGCAAAGAACUCACACAGGACCCGAGCUUCGAUUUCGAGAAACGUCGAAACAUUCCCGUCAAAUACAAUCGCGAAGCGUGGAAGAAAAUGUUGGAAGCGACAGCACGAGUUACCGAAAUAAAGGAGAAACGUUCCCGCGAAUUCGUAAUGAAACGUUUGCGUAAAGGCCACAACGUUGAAGUGGAAAUGGACGUUAAGGAUGUGCAAAAGAAUAUUUCACUGAUUCGAUCACCGGCAGCUGGUUUGCGAGAACGUAAGGCGAAGGAAGCGGCACAAAAUGCUGCCAUGAUGAGCGACGAUGACACAGACGAAGAGAAUAUUCAGUAUGUCGAUGCACGAACAUUGGAAAAACAAUUGGCCGAAGAAUUGGACAGUGAUCAAGAAAUGGUCGGGGUGAAAGAGUGAACCUUUUACGGUUUUGACGCAAAAUGUUCUCAGUUCGAAUGUGGAAUUGUUUCUAAUAAAUUUGGUUAUAUCGUAUACAAUGUUA